UAAGGUGUUGAUGUGACUCCCCCCUCAUCAUAUGAUUGUUGUCUGCUCAUCAUCGACCUGACCGCUGUUUGGUCCUCCUUCCUCUCUGUUGUUAAGAGAAUAUCUCGCAAGAAUGGCGCUGAGUGAUGCUGACGUACAGAAACAGAUCCACCAUAUGAUGGCCUUCAUUGAACAGGAGGCCAAUGAGAAAGCAGAAGAAAUUGAUGCUCGGGCAGAAGAAGAGUUUACCAUUGAGAAAGGUCGACUGGUGCAGCAGAACCGCCUCAAGAUUAUUGAGUAUUAUGAACGCAAGGAGAAGCAAGUAGAGCUGCAGAAGAAGAUUGGUGCAAGUAACCUGUUGAACAAGUCGAGGCUGGAGGUGCUCAAGGCUCAAGAGUCACACAUCAAGAACGUCUUGUACGAGGCUCAGCAUAAAUUGAACCCCAUCUCUCAGGAUCAUGCGGCCUACAGCAAGCUACUGGAGGACCUCUUGUGCCAGGGAUUGUGUCAGAUGUUGGAGCCACACCUCACGGUAAGGUGCCGGCGAGCGGAUCAGACCGUGGUGGAGCAGGCCAUCGUCAGAGCUCUGACAGUUUACAAAAAUAUCUCCGGCAGGGACAGCAAACUGGAGAUAGACACCAAUAAUUGGCUUCCUGCUGAUAUUUGUGGAGGCAUUGAACUGGUGACCAACGGUAAUCGUAUCAAGAUCUCCAACACCCUGGAGGCCCGUCUGGAGAUGUUGUCCGAGCAGAUGCUUCCAGAGAUCCGUGCUAUGCUCUUUGGCGCAAACCCCAACCGCAAAUUCGAUAACUAAGACGGUUUACGGCCGUCGUCUGGGUGACGUAAGUAAGACGCUCCGUACGACUGGAGGUUAGAAGCACAACAUUACAGAGGGGCGUGGACACUUCAGAUGAUGCAGUCAAGUGUUAUAAUACAUAGUUGUUAUGCCUGUGAGUUCAGGUGGACACAACUACUGAUGGCAGCACAACUUUGAGAUUAUUAUGGGAAAUAUUGAAUGUUUAAAAGAUGCCACAAGUCUGGCCACUGUGCUGAAUUUUGAUUCCUCGGGUAACACCGACCAACCCAAACCUAAACCACCAUACGAUUGGUCAGUUUGGUUUAGUUCCCGUCAUCUCUCUUCAGACGGCAUAAAACUGGUGGACUUAUUUGUGGCAGCUUUUAGACUUAUGAUAGUUGUGUGAUCAUCAUUGUAAAAUUCCCUCUGAGUUAUUAAAAGAGAAUUGAUAAAAUAAUUGGCUUAAAAUUAAUACAUUACAAUUGGAUGUAAAGGAAUGAAUUACUUACAUACCCUUUUGGUUGAGACUUAAGGCACCCAGAUGAAGUUACUAAUAGAACCUUAAGCCAAGUCUAAACAUUCCUCUCUUGUGAUUAAGUUAUGUAAAUAGUGAACUAAUACUUUGUAAUUACUGUCUUCACGGUAGGGGUUAAAGUCCUCUCCCUAUUAUAUAUAAGUUGAACCUUCCGGCGAGGCUCUGUUAUGGUGGACGGAGGCUUAAUGUAAGUGUGUGGGUCACCUGUUGGUGUUGUCUCAGUGUUGUAGCAGUUCUCUCUUAUUGUUCGCCCAGCAGCACAGGGUGUGUCAGGUGAUCAGUGUAUAGUACUGGGAACACUGCCAUUGAUGUGUUUUAAGAGGUUGCUGAAAGAUUGUCUCCUCUCAGCUUGUUUCACCUUAAUAUUGAGCAUCCUAACCCAACCUAUCUUAAGCUCACCUCACCUCAACCUAACCCACCCUAACCUCAUCUUAACUCACCCUGACCCAACACCACCUCACCCUACCCUAACCCACCUCGCCCUAACCUAACCUAAGCCAACCCCCCCACCCCUCCCCCCUUCCACCAGAUACUGUUAGGGUGUUUAAUUAUAAGUGAAAUAAUCUAGGUUGGCUAAUCUUAACGUGAUUAUAUUUUUUGACAGUAGAUGGCGACACUGACAUAACAAGCCUGUGGUUGGUUAGGUCAGGUUCGUUUACAUUGGCUAAGAAUAUAAAUAGAUCGGCAGUGUUGUUUCUGGUACUUAUUUAACACUGACCAUUUUACAGACUAACAUAGCCCUUUGAAAUCUUGGAAAUUUGUGUACAGAAUAAAUACAGUAAUUAAAUAGAGUAGUACAGUACUUGUUUGGAUGGGUUAAUUUAUAGUGUGAAUAAUAAUGGAAAUUGUAGCAACUUCCUUGUUAACUUGUGAAGGUUGUUUAUAGGGAUUGAAAUCUGGAAAUAAAAGAUUAUGAUAUUGA